AUGGACGAGGCUGGACUUAAGCUGGGCGAUGCAGUGGAGCUCCUAGCUAUAUCUACCGGAACCAUCAACUCUAGUGGUGUUGAAGGUGACGGAGAGGAUAAGCUGUAUAGGCUUGGAAUGUACACACGUGCGGUACAUGCAGAGACUUCUGAGUAUCUAGAAGUCAAGAAGGAGAUGAAACUGUAUGGAAUAGAAGGUCCCGAUGGACGGGAGUACCACUUCUACAACGUGCUAUGGGUUGAGCGCAAGGAAGGAAUAGCAUACCGGCGGGCAGCAGGACGCGUACCAAAGGCAAUUUGGGAUGCAAACUGUACCCCACUAACGAAGAUCAUCCUCGGUUGA